ACUCAACCUUUGGAAUCAAGAGAAAGAAGAGUUUGGGAGAACACUUGAAGUUCAAGUAAGCAAAAAGUUUAGGAGCCCCUCAUCUCUGAAGGGUUCACCCAGAAUUAUCUAGAUACAAACAAGAAUUUGUUUGAAUAAGAAACACCAGCUCAUGGCUCAGCUUCAAAAAAUACAGAAGAACAUUGAUGCCCCAGGAGAAUCAGCCAGAUACAGGAUGUCUCAAAAACAAGUUCAAUAAAUUGGCCCACAAAUAUAAACCUAACUUUCACUGAGAAAGAAAGAAAUUGUCCUUCAAUUCUGAGAUUUUUUCUUUAUCUUAUUCUCAUCAAGAGUCCUCACUGAAUCCAUGGCCAAGAAUAAUCACACCAGAGUGACCGAUUUCAUUCUCAUGGGCUUUAUUGACUCCCCUGGGUUGGAGAGUCUCCUCUUUCUGGUGUUUCUGAACUUCUAUCUAGUCACCCUUCUGGGGAAUGUGGGGAUGAUUAUUCUAAUCAAACUGGAUGUCCAACUCCACACCCCAAUGUACUUCUUCCUGAGCCAUCUCUCCCUCCUAGAUGCCUGCUAUACCUCAGUCAUCACCCCUCAGAUCCUGGCCACACUGGCCACAGGCAAGACAAUCAUCUCCUAUGGCCAAUGUGCUGCCCAGUUCUUUUUCUUCACCAUUUGUGCAGGUACAGAGUGUUUCCUGCUGGGAGUGAUGGCCUAUGACCGCUACAUCGCGGUUAGCAACCCACUGCUCUACACUGUGGCCAUGAAUCCCAAAAUCUGCUGGAGGUUAGUGGUGGGAGCUUAUGUCUGUGGGAUAUCAGGGGCCAUCCUGCGUACCACAUGCACCUUCACCCUCUCCUUCUGCGACAACAAUCAGAUUGACUUCUUCUUCUGUGACCUCCCACCCCUGCUGAAGCUUGCCUGUGGUGACACAACAAACACUGAGACUAUUGUGUUCUUCAGCAACUUUGUGAUUUUGGCCAAUGCCUUGGUCAUCCUGAUUUCCUACGUGCUCAUCAUCAAGGCUGUUUUGAGAAUGAAGUCUUCAGGUGGCAGGGCCAAGUCUUUCUCCACAUGUGCCUCCCAUCUCACUGCUGUGGCCCUUUUCUUUGGGACCCUCUGCUUCAUGUAUGUGCGGAUUGGCUCAAGCAAAUCUCCAGAAGAAGACAAGAUUGUAUCUGUCUUCUACACUGUGAUCAUCCCCAUGCUGAACCCUCUGAUCUAUAGUCUGAGAAACAAGGAUGUGAAAGCAGCCUUUAAAAGGGUCACUGGUAGGUUCCAAGUGUUUCGGAACGUGUAGAUCUGAGUGAGAGGACCUCUCCUUUGGGUCCAUUUUCUUCCCAGAUCAAUAUAUUUUAAGAGGCACCAACACUGUAUGCAACCUGUAACUAUGUACAAAAGGAAGAUAAAUAGGUGUCAUGAGGCUCACAGAAAAAAACUGCAAAUGUGGAAAAAUUUGUUUCUUCUUCUCCCUCGCUCCCACCCCACAUCCAUUCCUAGCACCCAGAAGUCUCAUUCUGCACUAGAACAUCAUGACUUAUAGAACCUCAGGGGCCCAAGGUACCUUCAGUUUAUCUCUUUUCACCCCAUUACUCUUUGCAUCCAUGCUUGGGUUUCCCAUUCUUUCUCUCUUAUUUUUGCUCCCAUCAAUAUUGUCUUUUUCUCUGUGUCUCAGAUUAUACCUGGGGAUCUCUUUAAAUAAUACUGUGUCUUUUUUU